GAUUUGGCUUAUACGACAGCUUGUUACCAGGACCUCUACAAAUACUACGUUGGAAGCAACCGACCUCCAGAGUCCCUGGUAUUUGGAACUUCCUGUCUGAAGAGCCUCUGUGCCGCACAAAAUAAAAGCAAGACAAAGCACCCGCCGGCUCGUUGAGGCUGUGUCCCUAUUUCAAUUUGUCUUAAAUAGUGGACCAAAAAUUAAACACGAGCUAUUCGCGACGUUUACACCUUACCACCAUGACGGCACUCACCCAAAACCUUCCGCCCGUCGUACGCAACUUGGGAAUUUCGAUUAUCGGGCAGGAAUGCUACACGUCACUUGUAGAGAAUUUGGACUUCAGCAACGUCGAAUGCAUCAAAUAUUCCCUCUCCAAGGGCGUUGGCCUCGGCAUCGUUGUUGGAGGAUCCAUUGUGAAAGUACCUCAGAUCAUUUUGGUCUUGAAGUCUCAUUCUGCUGAGGGCUUGUCCCUUGGGUCGUACAUCCUUGAGACCCUGUCGUACUGUAUAAAUCUUCUAUACUCAUUCAAGAACGGUUUCCCUUUCUCGACAUAUGGCGAAAAUUUCUUCCUGACCUUUCAAAACGCCCUCAUUACCCAACUCAUCGUGUUCUUCUCUCCCAACGCACAAGAAAAGAUAAUACUUGUCGCGGGGGGGUUGGCUGUGUUUGUUUCCACGCUUUCUUCUCUUUCUACUGAGAUCCUCUCCUACCUCCAAAUUGCCACACUCCCGCUGUCGUUGUUCGCAAAAAUCCCCCAAAUUACGCAGAAUUACCGAUCGAAGAGUACGGGUCAGCUCAGCGCAUUCGCAGUGAUAGCCCAGAUCCUGGGAUGUGUGGCUAGACUCUUUACAACAAUGCAAGAGGUCGGCGACCCCGUUGUCCUGACUGGCUUUGCAUUGGCCCUCAUGUUAAAUGGCGUGCUGGGCGCCCAAUUGUGGAUGUACUGGGGUGCACAACCGAAGAAAGUUGAGGAGAAAGCUCCUGAGGCGGCGAAGGGGGAGGUCAUGACGGAGGUGAACGGAAAAGUACAAGCUUAUGAUCAGCCUCCUCGUCCGCAGACACCACCCCGUCCUCAUGCACCAUCUUUCAGGACCGGGACGCCCCCACCAUCAGGCGGUAGGAAAUGGUCACGGAAAUUGGAUUAGUUCGUUGCAUCUUAUAAUAUUUAUAUCCAAAUAGUAGUUGCUCCUCAUAUUUCAUAUUUAUAUGGAAAGGAUGUCCGCGGCGUCAGUC